CCAUCUUUCUCGUGCACACUUCCAGUUAUCCGUUUCCUCCUCUUAUUUCCUCUUUUUACCCAACUACUUCUUCGUUCUUCCAUCUUUCGAAUCUCUGUUGGUGGGCUUAGAAUUCCUCCCCUCGCCGUUGUCUCUUUACCUCUCUGUCUCUGUCUCUGUCUCUCUCUCUUUCUGUCUCUCUCUUUCUUUCUUUUUUCUCUUUCUCUUCUCUCAGCUGAAGAAGCAAAUGGUUGGGAGUCAUCGUCCUCGUUGCCACCUUUGACUAGAAACCAAUGUCUUUCCAGAACUUUUCGUACCAAGAGUUCUUUGCUUCUUUGAGAAAAAUUCCCUUUCAUAACGGAACAAGGAGAAGAAGGCAGAGGAGCCUCAGAAAUUGAUGCUCAUGUCUCGUCUGCUUGCUUUUUCCGGAGGGUCAUCUGCGGAUUCAUGGCGUUGCACCACCACCACCAUGCUUUAUUCCUGUCCUCCUCCUCUUCCGAAUGUCGUUUGUUCUCCACGUCCUCCGUUUCUUGCAGAAACCAGCCCACCCACGUCGCUUUUCGGCCAAAACUCGCCCGAACCGUCAUAGGGUCGACGUUCCGCAAUGGGUCUGUCUCCUUGAGGAGGUCGAACUUUGAUGGCGGUUUCGAUCUAGAGGACGAGAUUUUUGAGUUCAUGAAAAGGUCUGAGAGACCAAAUAUGUUCCCUACCAAGGAGGAGUUAAUAGCGGCCGGGCGAACAGAUUUGGUGAAUGCUAUCGUUAAGGAAGGUGGGUGGCUAUCGGCCGGCUGGGACGGAAGGGAGGAAGGUGAAGAAAGACGGGAAGCUUGGCAGAUUGAGGAAACGAAUAACGACCGUUUUCAGUAUCCGGAUACGUGUUUACGCUCUGAUUUGGGGGAUUUUUCUCCUUACGACCCAUAUUCUUCAUCUGCGUUGUCGACCUCAACUUCUUCUUCUUCUUCUUUUUCGUUACAUGAAUCGACGGAAAUGAAGCAUGGUGGAGGAGUUGAGGGUAUCUUGAGCCGGCUAGAGAAAGAGAGAGCGGCCUUUUUAACAAUCGAACCUAGCGAGAAAAAAGGGAACGAAUCAAGAAGGAAAGAAACGAGAGAAGAGGCGACAUCCUCUUGGAGAGAACUGACAAAGAUGUAUGGUGACAGAAUGUGGAGGUCCCCUGCAGCAAUGAGCAAUGGUGAGAGAAACACACGACCUUUAUCAUCCAACACCAAUGAAGUCCAUUUGGAUGGGUCUGAACAGCACUCCGUCCAAGAUUUAAACAAUAAUGAUGAUGGUGCUAAUCCUCAUCACAUUUGGAGGGUAAAGAGUCUGAGAGAACGUAACCACAUAGAUACCAAUUCAGGAGUUAACGGAAAUGGUAGAAGGCCUCUUAGUUCUUCAAAGUCCAGCAAUGACGAUAUAGAUCUCGACAACCAAAAUUGUAUGGAUGACGAUGAGAGUUACCAAGAAAGCAUAAGGUCCCGCAUUAAAAAAUUAGAGUCAGAGUUAUCAUCAAUGAUCCACUUAGUCAGAUCAGGGACAAGUGCUCAUAAUUGGAGUGAGGAGUAUGGGAACUCCUUGGAGAAAUUGCAUGAGCUCUCUAAUGCUUGGGAGUUUCAUGAAACUGAAAUUAUGAAAUCUCGUGCUAAAUUGAGAUCAAUUCGUGCUAAGUUAGCAAUACUGGAAGGCAAGAUGGGCUUCGAGAUUAUGGAAGCACAAAAAGUUGCAGAAGAAAAACAAAAACGAAUUGAGAAGGCUCAAAGGGUUUUAACUCUUCUACGGACUGCUUGCAUAGUCUGGUCAAAUUCCGCAAAUGAUGUUUUGCUAGCAGGAUCUUUUGAUGGCUGGACAAGCCAGAGGCGAAUGGAAAGAACAAGCUCAGGUAUAUUCGUGUUAAAUUUGAAGCUAUAUCCUGGACGGUAUGAGAUCAAGUUCAUCGUUGAUGGUGUCUGGAGAACAGAUCCACUUCGUCCCGUUGUGAAUAAUAAUGGAUAUGAAAAUAAUCUUUUAAUCAUUUCUUGAAUGAGAAGCAGUGAUCUAAUGUCCAUAUUCCUAAGAAAAAUGUCUAGUUCUAAUGCUAGAAUGUCGAUUUUGGCCUCUCUA